UUUAUGGUAUAAAUGAUAACCUCAAGAUAAUCUCUUCAUACACUCGGCCUCAGUCUCAGAGAUUGCGCGAAAAUGACACCAUCUCAAACCUAUGUGUACUUGGUACUCUUUUGUGUAGUGGGAAAUAUCCUAGGAAAUGAUAAAUGGGAAAUGUCCCAGAUACAGUGCAUGGCACACAGGGACUGCCUUGAGAGUCAGCAAUGUGUGGACAUGAAGUGUGCAUACCCCUGUCCUGGGGCCUGUGCCCACAACUCCAUCUGUCAGGUGUCAAACCACAUGCCCUUCUGCGCAUGUCCUCCUGGGUUCGUAGGGAACCCGUUCACUGGGUGUACCCGGCAGAUGCACGUUUCUCGUUGGCCACCAUACCCAGGAGCAAAGAAGCGCUAUGAAGUGGUAUCCGACCAGUUAAACUGGUAUGGCGCUGUGAUUGAUUGUAAGAAUCGUGGCGGACGUCUUGCCACCAUCUUGAGUGACGAGGAGAACGAGAUGGCCAAGCAGAAGACCAGAGAGUUGGAUUCAAUAGAUUAUUUUUGGGUGUCGGGGAUAAACAUCGACAAGAACACCACGUGGAUGUGGGCAACCACGGGGAGACCCUUCACGUUCACGGACUGGAUUGACAACCAGCCAGAUAACUGGAAGGGGAACGAACACUGUCUGAUGCUUAAUACCAAAGGUCUGGGCCACAUCUGGAACGACUACGACUGCUUGUCAAUCAUCAACUACAUUUGUGAAUAUUAUGAUUGAGUGUUUCUGUAGGCUUUUAAGCACUAUAGUGAUUUAUACAAUUAAUCUUUCGUUUUUAGUUCAACAAUAAAAAAAUAGAAAUUUCACCCUUUAAAUAAUAAAAUAGUAAUCAAACAAA